AGCAGCAGCCGCAGCUCCAGGAGCGGCAGCAGCGCAGCCCAGCCUGCAGCGCGGCACCUCCCCUAAGCAUGGCGGCACCGGGGAGUGGAGGUUCCUGCUUCGUGCUGGGGGGCUCGGGGGCGACGGGCCGGGCGCUGCUGCAGGAGCUGUGCGCACAGCGGCCCUUCAGCAGGGUGACGGUGAUCGGGAGGCGGCAGCUGAGCCUGCCUGAGAGCAGCGGCGUGGCCGUGAAGCAGGCGGUGGUGGACUUCGAGCGGCUGGGCGAGCACGCCGAUGCCUUCCGAGGCCACGACGUGGGCUUCUGCUGCCUGGGCACCACCCGGAGCAAAGCGGGUGCGGAUGGCUUUGUCCGUGUGGACCGGGACUACGUGGCACAGGCAGCCGAGCUGGCGCGGGCAGGGGGCUGCAAACACUUCGUCCUGCAGUCCUCCCAGGGAGCGAACGAGCGCAGCAGCUUUCUGUACCUGCGGGUGAAGGGAGAAGUGGAGAAACUGGUUGAGGCUGUCGGCUUUGACCGCUGCACCAUUCUUCGGCCAGCGGUGCUGCUGUGUGCACGCCAGGAGUUCCGCCCCAUGGAGUGGAUCACACAGCGGAUUCUGGGAUUCAGCGCCCGGUUCUUCCCCUCUGCUUACUCAGUGCCUGUAGAAACAGUGGCGAGGGCAAUGGUGGCCAGUGUGCUGCAGCCAAGUGGGGAGAAGGUGGAGGUGCUGGAGAACAAAGCCAUUCAUCAGCUGGGAAAGGCAGUGCCGCAGCCAGGCACAUAGAGCAAAAGUGGUAAUAAGUGGUUGGCUGACCUUCUGGAUUCUGUUCUGGGCUGAUGAUGAAUGUAUGGGAUAAUACAUAAUAGAGUGGAGUGUUUGCAUGGACAAUGGGGAGCUGAGGUGCAAAUCUGGGUAAGCAUUUUAUAAUUUAAACAAUUCCUUGACUUGAGACCUUGAAUAAAACCCUGUGACUGGCCUGUGCUAA